AUUUUCCUCCGGAUUAGUGCGAGUGCCCAAAAAUAAAAACAAUCCAACAAAUAUUCUCACCUGCCCUCGAAUUAGAUGGAAUAUGUGAAGAAUUGUGCACUAAAGUGUUAACUGUAAUUGUACAUAAGCAAGGACAGGUGAUAGAAUCGGUGUGUGAGUGAAAGCGGACGAGAUAAUGGCCAAUGAGGCGCCGGUUGAUGGGAAUUUCAACAUGAAAAAUGAGAAACAAUUCAUUUGUGGCGUUGUGGAAGGCUUCUACGGGCGACCGUGGACGACGGAGCAGCGGAAGGACUUGUUUGCCAAGCUGAAGAAGUGGGGCAUGAACUCCUACGUGUACGCGCCGAAGGACGACUACAAGCACCGGGCGUACUGGCGGGAGCUGUACACGGUGGAGGAGGCGGAUCACCUGAGCAGCCUCAUCGCGGCCGCCAAGGAGCACGAGAUCAACUUCUACUACGCCCUGUCGCCGGGCCUGGACAUGACGUACAGCAAUGCCAAGGAGACGGCCACGCUGAAGCGGAAGCUGGAGCAGGUGUCGCAGUUCGGCUGCGAAGCCUUCGCGCUGCUCUUCGACGACAUCGAGCCGGAGAUGACGAAGGCGGAUAAGGAGGUGUUCCAGAGCUUCGCGCACGCCCAGGUGUCCGUGACGAAUGAGAUCUUCAACCAUCUCAACUGUCCGCGCUUCCUCUUCUGCCCCACGCAGUACUGCAGCUCGCGCGCCGUGCCGUCGGUCACGCGCUCGGAGUACUUAAACACCGUGGGCGGCAAGCUGGCGCAGGACAUCGAGAUCCUGUGGACGGGCCCACGCGUGGUGUCCAAGUUCCUCACCGUGGAGGGCAUUCAGGAGAUCACGGAGGUGCUGCGCAGGCCGCCAGUCAUCUGGGACAAUCUCCACGCCAAUGAUUACUGCAGCAAGCGCCUCUUCCUCGGGCCCUACUCUGGGCGAUCGCCGAAGCUCAUCCCACUGCUCAAGGGUGUCCUGACGAAUCCCAAUUGCGAGUAUCACGCCAACGCCGUGGCCAUUCACACGCUCGCGCACUGGUCCAAGUGCACAACCGAGGCCAGCAUCGACAAUGCAAUAUCGGCGGACAUCAAACUAGAGACUGAGGGCGAUCAGGGUGGCUUUGGCGAGGAGAUGACGCCCAAUUGCCUGGCCAAGAACAUCUAUCAUCCGCGCGAGGCGCUCAAGAAUGCCAUCCGCGCGUGGCUGCCGGAGUUCCAGGUGGAGAAGGAGGCGUGGGGCCCCAUCACGAAGCCCCAUCCGCCCGUGACGAUGGUCAUGCCCAUCAUCCCCAUCAUCCCGUCGGUGAACACGUGCAUGAGUCUCACCACGUCCACCACGGCCACUGUCACGUGCACGCAGACGAUGAAGGUGCCGGAGGUGAACACGACGCAGCUGCAGGCGUUGGCCGAGGUGUGCAGCACGGUGACGGGCGGCGAGACGAUUCCGCCGCUGCCCAAUGUCGUGAUGAAUUCGCUGGUGUCGGCGAAGAAGAUUGUCACGAAUGACACCAUCCCGAAUCCCAUUGUCUCGAAUUUGUCCAUUCCGGACAAGAUUCCCGUGCCGUGCAUCCAAGCGCCCAUCAUGGCGCUGAAGGAGAGCGUGGAGGAGGACAAGGAGAGCGACGUGGCGGCCAAGGUGCAGAUCAGCGAGCCGAUUGAGGUGGAGGACAUCACGGAGAAGGACGACAUGGUGGACAAGGUGGACGGCAAGGCGCUUCCGUCGGCGUCCGGGGCUGAGACUGAGGCCGGAACUGAGGUGAUGGCCAUUGCCGAUGAGAAUCCCUCGCCGCACAGCACAACAGAGCCAAUGGAGUGUGGCAGCAGCGUGUUGUCUUCCUCGCCGAAGCAGAAGAGCUCCUCGGAAGAUGUCGUGAUGUCAGAGAGUGUCUCGACGAGCUCCGGAAGCAUGCACGUGGAGACUUCUGACGGUUCGCUCAACUCGAAUGUGGAUCUGGGUGAGGAUGUGGCCAAGGAGCUGAGCAAUGAGGAUCUGAGUCUUCUCUGUGAUCUGUUCUACUUGCCAUUCGAGCACGGCAGCAAAGGUCUGGUGAUACUCAAUGAGUUCCACUGGCUGAAGACGAAUGCCAGCGUGCUGCUGGGCGCGCCGAAGAAGCCCUUGACGGACGCCAGUGUGAAGCCGGAAGUGCAGGAGUGGCUGCAGCGCAGUGAGAAGUUCGCCUCGCUCUGCCAGUCAAUUCUGGCGCUGGCCAAGAAGUUCAGCGUGUGCGUGAACAAGGAGCUGCUCUACGAUCUCUACUCGUACGUGUGGGACAUUGCGGGCAUCGUGGCGCUGCUGAAUGCCUUCGUCCAGUGGCUGGCGCUCGCCCACUUUCCGUCCAACAUCAAUUCCUACACGCAAGGCAGUUAUACGUGGUUCAGCAAAGGAUGGAAGGAUACUUUUAUGUCGGGCGAGCAGGAACCCUGGGUAUUCCGCGGAGGAUUAACGGCUGAUCUUCAGAGACUUCUGCCUGUGGACUCGGGCAAUGAUUUAUUCCUGUACAAACUCCCGGACGCGCCCUCGUCGAACUUCUACACGGUGCGUCCGUACGUGUUCACGGACGAGGAGGCGGUGUACUCAAUCUGCCACAAAACCUGCCGCGACGGAUCGGACUGUUCGGAGCUGUUCCCGGAGAAUCUGCAGGGCAUUCCGGCGGAUCGCCUGGUCGGGCCGUUCAUCACCAUCAAUCCGGAGUUCUGCAUGGUGAUGGAGUGUGGCUCACUGGGGCUGAUUGGGUACAUUUGUGGCGCCCUGGACGCCAAGGUGUUCUACAAGAAUCAGCAGAUGUGCUGGUUGCCUGCCAUGUGUCUCAAGUAUCCGAUUGAGCUGCUGGAGUCGCCGGAAUUGACGCCCACGGCCAAGGACACGAUCACACACUUUCACAACUUCAAGUACGACUGCCCGCAGGAGGUGCUCAACGGCUAUCCGUCGAUGAUGACGUGCUGCGUGCUGAAGGAGCAACUCACGCACGAUCCGUCAGUGGCCAAGAGGCUCGUCACGGUGCUUCUGGCCGCCUUUCGGUCCAACGGAUCGUUCGGCGUGCACGUGUGCAUCAAUCGCACAGAUCGCUACAUGCAUCAGUUCUACACCAAACUGGGCUUCGCUGAGAUCCUGCAGGACAACAUGCGCAUCUACUUGGGCAGGAACUUCUAACUCUC